UUUGAAACGCUGAUGAAAAAUACCGUCAGAAAUGGCGCACCAUUCCGGAUCACCUCCCCCUCACAUAGUUAUUGCCUGUGAAGUAUGUAAAGCGGAAUCAGUUCUGAUGCAUUGUAGCUCCUGCCACCUUAAGCUCUGCAGUGACUGUGUAAGCAAGCACCUGUCAUCUCAAAACUGCAAGCAACAUGACAUAGAAGGUUUUAAAUACCGGAAGAAUGAUGUAAAACUUCCGGUUUGUCCACAGCAUCCGAGUCACAACUGCUCUAUGUAUUGUGAUGACUGCGAUGAAGCGGUCUGUAGCAAGUGCGUGGCAGCUUCAGAUCAUAGGCGUCAUCGCCUUGAUGACAUAAUCAGAAUGUACGUAGCAAGGCGACUCCUCUUGUUGCAGGAAGCCAGCUUUCUAGAAAACACAGUGAUUCCGCAAUACGAUAAAAUAGAAUCCAUUCUUGAUACAAAGAUGUCCAAGUUGUCUAAUGACUACUCCUCGGUGCUGAACAAGCUGGUUUCAGAAGAAGAGGCCCUGCACGAAAUGAUACGAUCAAUUUUCUACCAGAAGAAGCAGGAAACCCUCGCAAUGAGAGAAAAAGAUCUGAAAACUCUACAUGAACAGAAGAAUGGGAUUUCCUAUUCAAAAUUAACUGUGGAAGGAUUGGUGUCCAAGUAUAAACACGUUUGUGGUUCAAACGAUGUUGACAAAAUAUUGAGGUGUCCUUUUGAAAAAGAUCAGUACAGAAGAAUUCCUCCUGUUGCAGAAAUCACACCUCCUACCUUCUCCUCUGUUGAACUUGAAGAAGAUUUCUUCAAACA